GAGGACGCUCUCCGUUCUCCGCCCCGCCUCCCCGCCCCACGUGACAUCGGUACGUCGGAGCAACACCGCUGGAUGCCCCCUCCCUAAGUGGUUAAAACAAUCAUCAUAACUCUUAAGGCCCUUUUAUGGCUGUUUCUCAGCGAAACCUCACAACAUGCCUAUGGGGUGGGAAUUGAUGUUCCAUUCCACAGCUGACUCCACUGAAGCCCAUGAGGAAGAGAUUGGCCAAAAUCACAGUCCCCUCUUAUUACAGAACAGAAAAAGUCAGCUAAAAUCUCAGGAUCACUUUUUUCAGGUGAUGGGAGGAUUUCAGAAGUUCUGUGGACACCUGAAAUUGGGCACAAAAUCAGGUGUUUCAUGCCAGUGGGCAUUUUCCAGGUAGAGGGAUCAUAUUUCUCUUGAGAGUCAAAGUGUGUUGAACAAGCCCACUCUUUACAGAUGGGGAGACUGAGGCUGGGGACAGGGGUGGCCUGCUCAGAAAAGACUCAGAAAUUAAAUCCAGUCCAGUGGGUUGAUAUUUACCCAAAUUUCCAGCCUGGGGAGAUUGAUGCACCCAAGAGAAGAACCCAGAAAUGAAACUUUGUUCUUUUAUGCUAAAAAAUAAAAUUCCCCAGAGUGCUUACAAAUCUCUCCUCCCACUCCCUUUUUCCUGCCCUAAAUAAAUAAUGGCGACUGAGCACCCAGCCAGGGAUGUGUCUGAUCAAACAAUCAUGGAUCAAUAGCUAUGUUUGGAGAAGGAAUUUGUGGCUGCUCCAGCUACUGGGCAUUUUGUCUGUUCCAGUUCAUGUAAUCUCCCAACACCCCAUGAAGCAAGGCUUUGUUAAUCCUAUUUUACUGAAAAUGAACUAAGACUCAGAGAGAUAAAGCUGUUGCCCAAUGAGCCUUCUUUCUGCCCUCCAGACCCACGGUGCUAAUUCCCCUUCCGACGACCUAAUGAUUCUGAGCUUGGCAAAGGUCUUAUCUCCCAGCUCUCCCAGGCCCAGUGUUCCAGGAAUGUGACCUUUGCUGCAGCAGCCGCUGGAGGGGGCAGAGGGGAUGGGCUGGAGGUUGAGCAAACAGAGCAGCAGAAAAGGCAGUUCCUCUUCUCCAGUGCCCUCCUUCCCUGUCUCUGCCUCUCCCUCCCUUCCUCAGGCAUCAGAGCGGAGACUUCAGGGAGACCAGAGCCCAGCUUGCCAGGCACUGAGCUAGAAGCCCUGCCAUGGCACCCCUGAGACCCCUUCUCAUACUGGCUCUGCUGGCAUGGGUUGCUCUGGCUGACCAAGAGUCAUGCAAGGGCCGCUGCACUGAGGGCUUCAACGCGGACAAGAAGUGCCAGUGUGACGAGCUCUGCUCUUACUACCAGAGCUGCUGCACAGACUAUACGGCUGAGUGCAAGCCCCAAGUGACUCGCGGGGAUGUGUUCACUAUGCCGGAGGAUGAGUACACGGUCUAUGACGAUGGCGAGGAGAAAAACAAUGCCACCGUCCACGAACAGCUGGGGGGCCCCUCCCUGACCUCUGACCUCCAGGCCCAGUCUGAACAGAAUCCUGAGCAGACACCUGUUCUGAAACCUGAGGAAGAGGCCCCUGCGCCUGAGGUGGGCAGCUCUAAGCCUGAGGGGGUAGACUCAAGGCCUGAGACCCUUCAUCCAGGGAGACCUCAGCCCCCAGCAGAGGAGGAGCUGUGCAGUGGGAAGCCCUUCGACGCCUUCACCGACCUCAAGAACGGUUCCCUCUUUGCCUUCCGAGGGCAGUACUGCUAUGAACUGGACGAAAAGGCAGUGAGGCCUGGGUACCCCAAGCUCAUCCGAGAUGUCUGGGGCAUCGAGGGCCCCAUCGAUGCUGCCUUCACCCGCAUCAACUGUCAGGGGAAGACCUACCUCUUCAAGGGUAGUCAGUACUGGCGCUUUGAGGAUGGUGUCCUGGACCCUGAUUACCCCCGAAAUAUCUCUGACGGCUUCGAUGGCAUCCCGGACAACGUGGAUGCAGCCUUGGCCCUCCCUGCCCAUAGCUACAGUGGCCGGGAGCGGGUCUACUUCUUCAAGGGGAAACAGUACUGGGAGUACCAGUUCCAGCACCAGCCCAGUCAGGAGGAGUGUGAAGGCAGCUCCCUGUCGGCUGUGUUUGAACACUUUGCCAUGAUGCAGCGGGACAGCUGGGAGGACAUCUUCGAGCUUCUCUUCUGGGGCAGAACCUCUGCUGGUACCAGACAGCCCCAGUUCAUUAGCCGGGACUGGCACGGUGUGCCAGGGCAAGUGGACGCAGCCAUGGCUGGCCACAUCUACAUCUCAGGCAUGGCACCCCGCCCCUCCUUGGCCAAGAAGCAAAAGUUUAGGCAUCGCAACCGCAAAGGCUACCGUUCACAACGAGGCCACAGCCGUGGCCGCAACCAGAACUCCCGCCGGCCAUCCCGCGCCACGUGGCUGUCCUUGUUCUCCAGUGAGGAGAGCAACUUGGGAGCCAACAACUAUGAUGACUACAGGAUGGACUGGCUUGUGCCUGCCACCUGUGAACCCGUCCAGAGUGUCUUCUUCUUCUCUGGAGACAAGUACUACCGAGUCAACCUUCGCACACGGCGAGUGGACACUGUGGACCCUCCCUACCCACGCUCCAUUGCUCAGUACUGGCUGGGCUGCCCAGCUCCUGGCCAUCUGUAGGAGUCAGAGCCCACAUGGCCGGGCCCUCUGUAGCUCCCUCCUCCCAUCUCCUUCCCCCAGACCAAUAAAGGUCCCUUAGCCCUGA